AAUCUUAGACAGGCAAGAUAAACCAGAAACCCAAUUCCACGAAAAUCAAUCGCUAUGGCCACAGCAAUCUCACCACUGGCGUUCUUCUCUGCCGGCGCCGCGGCAACGACCGGUGCGAUCGUCCCAAAGCCGUCGCAAACUCCGCCGCUACCAAAGCCCUUAAUCCCCUUUCUCCAAUCUAAUACCCCUGGCCCACUUUCCUCGUUAACUGCCCCCAUCUCCGCCAUCGCCGUAGCCGCGAUCUUGAGCACCACUCCACCGUUACUGGCUGCCACCGGCGGCGCUUUCAACGUCUAUUACGGAACCGCCGCCAGUGCCGCCAAUUACGGCGGCUUCGGCGGCAACGCAAGCAAGAAAGACUCAGCAGAAUACAUCUACGACGUGCCGGAAGGCUGGAAGGAGCGAUUAGUGUCCAAGGUCGAAAAAGGUACGAAUGGAACCGACAGCGAAUUUUACAAUCCGAAGAAACGGAAGGAGAAAGAAUACCUAACUUUCCUGGCUGGAAUCCGGCAAUUAGCGCCGAAGGAUGUGAUUCUGAAUAACCUAGCGCUAUCGGACGUGAAUUUGCAGGAUCAGAUCGCGAGCGCCGAGGGCUUCUCGGCGGAGGAAAGGAAGGAUGAGAAUGGACAGAUUUAUUACGUGUAUGAGAUCGACGGCGCUGGAACUCACAGUUUGAUAUCGGUGACUUGUGCGAAGAACAAGCUGUAUGCGCAUUUUGUUAAUGCGCCGACGCCGGAGUGGGAUCGGGACCAGGAUAUGCUCCGGCAUGUUCAUGAGUCGUUCAAGACGGUCGGAUCGUAUUAGCUUUUGUGGUGUGGUUGGAGAUUUGAUCGGAGAGAGGUCUGUCGCUGUGUAUGAAUUGGUUGUUACAUUCUUAUUCUUGAAUGCAGGAAAUCUCCUGGUUUUUCACCAUAAUUUCAUCACCAA